UCUCAAGAUGAAACGCAUUCGCUAGUCAAUUUCGCGUUUGGUUUUUAGCAAUUAAAAUAUUGAUAUUUAUGGAAACCAAAGUGCAUACUAUCUAAUUAGAAGUGUUAACACCAACAAAUCGUUUGAAGUGAUUUUGAUCAUCACUUAAUGCUUUGAAAUGUUAAUGUUGACCAGCUGGAGGUUAAUAUCGCUAUCAACAACAAUGAAAAUAAGAGUGCCAUGAUAUGCUAAUAAAAUGUAUGAAGUAAACAGAGUCAUACUAAGUGAAAUUAAAAGCAAAAUAUUUUAAUUUGCUCGUGUGCUCUUUUAAUUUGAUACUGGUCUACGGCUGCCGCCAUCUUCGAGAUUUCCCUGAGAUAUGGCCUCCCUGCAUUCCAGUUGGCGUUUUGGGAAAAAAAGAAGCAAAUUACAAUUACGCAUAAAAGUUUCUCAAGAUCCCGAGGACUUUUAUCGAUUGGAUCCAAAAAAAUCCGCAGCGGAAAAUGCGUAUGAUAUCUAUGCCAUGCUCUGCCUGGAGGAGACGCGUGACACGAAGCGUUUGUUUUUGCUCAAUGCCUUGGCCUCACUCUGCCUGGCGGCCUCUAGUGGCUCGCCGAAUAACAACUUGCGAUUCAGCACUGAGGAGCUCCUCUACUGCCUGAGUGCCUCAUUGGUGCACACUUUUACACAAGUGCGUGCAGCAGCACUCCGCACGAUUCGCUAUACGCUCAACUCACAGAAGGACAUUAAAACAUUUAAUUCGCUGCAGCUUCAGCACCUGCUGUGUCGCUCCAUCGAUCUGAUGCUUAAGAACGAUGAUGAACGCGUACAGGCGCUGAAACUUGUACGCAAGAUGCUGGCUAUAGCACCUGAAGAUAUCAGCCCGGUAGUGGUUAGAUGUCUAGUAUCACUAGCUGAUAGUGGCAUUGAGGAAAGUGACAAUUUGUUGCGCGCCUGCCUAGCGACGCUUGCUGAGUUUGCUGUGCUGAAUCCUGCGUUGCUUAUUGUUUGUGGCGGCGUCACUUCUAUUACGCGAAACGUGCUUGAAUGUCACAAUCCACGUAUUGCUGAAAGCCUUUGCGGUGUGCUGCUUUAUCUUCUCGAGUGGCCUCAGAUCCGCAAAAUUUGCGGUGUUCGGCUAGACUGCCUGGCGGCACCCUAUUGUGACUUUACUUAUAGACUAGGCAUUAUGGAUAAAAACAAAGAUGCACGUGAACUGCGUUAUACCAGCUGCCGCCUGGCUCUAUUAUCUGUGCUCCGCAGUUGGACAGGCACGCUCGAAUUCUGUGAUCCAAGCAAAUCUUCGGGUUUAAAAGCAAUAGUCGAUGCUUUAUAUUUAAAUCAAAUUGAAGUUCGGAAAGCAAUAUUGGACUUGCUUUACGAGCUGUUAGCAGUGCCGCAACCUAGCUGGACUGAUGAUUAUACGAUCGCGUUACAAACGGUUGAUCCGUCGGACUUUCAGGAUACGUGGCUGCUUAGCAACGGAUUUGUGUCAGCCGAGGGACGUUCCAUAUUGCCUAGUCUAGCAGCUCGAGCGCCUAAUGUAGUUGAACAGCAUUUAGCUUUGCUGCUCUAUUGUUUCCUAGAGACUGGACUGCUCAAUGCUCUUGUUGAGGUUACUGUCAGCAGCGAUCAGUUCGUAUCAGUGCGCUCAACUAUAUUAAUCGGUAAAAUAGUGCAACUUAUGCAUACGCAUUUGCCAGCAGACAUUUGCAGCACUAGUCCAGCGUUGCCCACGCUCGUUGGUCAUGCCACGCAAGGCAAUCAACAGGCAAAUGCGGCAGUAGCCGCUCUGCAAAACUAUCAAAAGAUGCUGCGUCAACGACCAGCGUCUUGUAGUUUAUUUCUUGAUGGAAUUAUACAGGGUGGUGCACUCAUACAAACACGUCUAUUUCGUCGAAACAUAAAUGUCCAGGAUCAAACUGCGGCCCUGCAAAUGCAGGAUACGACUGGUGCAGCAGCUGCUGCUGCGAACGUUGCCUCAUCGUCGUCUCUUAUACAAUCGUAUAGAGCAGGCACGGCGACGCUGGAUCGUCCUAGAUUAGAUUCUGUUUCUUCCAGUGACGAGUCCAAUUCGCAAGCGUCAAGCUCGUUGCGUUCCAGCUUUAGACUGAAACGAAAGUUUUUACCGCAGGUAUUCAAUCUGGACAGUUUUCGGGCGUUUAAUCGACUGCUGGCAAGCUCGCAUGUGCUAGCCUCGUCAGAUGCCAAUGCAUGGGAUUGGUUGGUAGUCAGCACUAUACUCAGAUCGAAUUUAAUACGAAAGCUUGACUUUUCGCCAGGAAAAUUCCUGAACAAGUUCCUAAAACGUCUGGUGGACUUUUUUAAGCCCAGCAAUAAUCGUUUCUCGCAUCAAGAUCUUGUUCCUGGCCAGGCACUGCCAGCUUACGUGAAUGCUGGCCUUGACCUCAUUGACGUACUGCUAAACAGCAGCGAGCUCGAAUGUAUGCGCUACAUAACUGACUAUUUUUCGGAUAUAGGCCAACAUCUGCUGGUAGUGACGACGUCAAGUCGUGCCCAUGACUGUCUAUUUAGUCCACAGCAUAUGAAUAACACAAUGUGUCAGCAGUAUUUUCUCUACAUUGGACGAAUGUGUCACAGCAAUAAGGGCAUCGAGGUGCUUAAGAACACAACCGUAUUUGAAUAUCUGAUUACGCUAGUCCGGCAUACAGAUCAUGUGUGUUAUGUAAAGCUGAUUGUUUCUGGUCUAAACUAUAGCUAUGAGAAGUUGCCGCGUCAGGUUCUCGAAAAGGCUCUAACGUUAGCCAAAACACGUAGUGGACGAUUAUAUGCUACACAAUUUCUGACCGUAUUGUUACGCGCGCGAUUGCCCAACUUUGAGGUAUGGGGACUUCCACUAAUUAUACAGCAAACCAAGGAUACGGAUCGAAGUGUUGUACUGGCCGCCAUGGAUGUGCUAGAGGAGGCAUGCCAUGAUAAAUAUUAUCUGGAGGAAAUUGUUAGCCUAUGGCCCAAUUUGAGGCAGCUGGGCGAUGUGGGGCGUCUUCUCAUGUCGCGAUUUUAUUCACUUUCACGUGGCUUAAAUAGCAGCAAGGCACACAUAGAGGAUGAGAUCAAAUAUUGGCGAAAUGGCUACAAUAAACGCUAUGUGCUGCUCGUCGAGGCCGAUACGCACUCCAGUCUAACGCUUCACGUGCGCAACGAGGAUGGCUAUUACUCCAGGCGCAAUUGCAAUCAGCGAAUGCUAUUAGUUCCACCCAACAUAGCGCCGCAUUUGUAUGGUCAAAUGGUGCAAACUACGCAGGGCAUGACAGCGCUUCGUAAGCACGCUGAUCUAACCCAUCUUCUCGAGAUACUUAGUCGUGGCAAAUGCAACGAUGAUGCCGAAUGCCUUGAAUUGAAAGCGUCUAUUUGGGCACUCUGUCACGCUUCAACGCAUUCCAAUGGUAUUGAAUACUUUGUCGAACUUGGUGCUAGACUUUACGAAAAGCUCAUACUUCUCGUGACGAAUUGCGAAGUUUAUUCGGUGCGUGCUACUUGCUUCAGUGGAUUGGGCUUAAUAGCAGGCACUCAAGCGGGCGCCAACUUGCUUUUUAAGCUAAACUGGCUUAGCGUGCGUCACGAUCGGAACACAAUGUGGCCAGUACACCAGCCAGAGGAUUGGAUUUCAACUCAGUAUACACCGGUGCGUCAUCAUUAUGAGGAUAUGCCGCCAUAUAACUACACAGGCAUCGAUGAUCAAAUUGAUGGUUCCUAUUAUACUGGAAGCUAUUGGAACUUGCUGCUUGGAGGCAGUUGCAACAAUCAGCAAUUACAUGAUGUAAACACCACUACAACGACAACGACAACCACAGACAGUGUCCGGACGACUGUCGAAGAACAGCUCCCAUUCAGUCGACCACAAACUUUCGGCGGAGUGGCGAUCAAAUCGAAAACUCUUCCGGAAGGAAGCAAUAUCCGCCAGGGCAAACACCAGCGCUCUCUGUCUGAGUCCAAAACAACGGAUGUAAUUAGUCUUCUUUGCGGUGCGCCUGGCGUCGCUUUCUGUCCUAUACAUUAUCAACAUCGCAUACGCUACAAUUCUUGCACGGACUCGAACACUUCCGGUGUUAGCAGUUGUGAGUCGGUAACUGGCAGAACGGCAGCGGCCGCCGCUGCUGCCAACAUGAGCGACUUUCAACAGUUUCCUUUGAGUCCAAUACCAAGCAUGUCUAAUCUACUAGAGCUGCCGACUUUAGACGCAGCAAAACUUCUACGUCGCACCUCUUUGUUAGGCACAAGCUUUUUACCACCCGCACUUAGCCCGUUAGCCAUAAAAGGUUAUGCACAACUGCGCUCUUUGCGUGCCCACAGUCGUCCAGUUUUUUCCGAAUCGGCAGCGGAGCUUUACGACUUUAUCGACAUUGUUGAUCGUGCUGAGGUACAACCACGUAAAUACUCCUGGGGCGAGUCAAGCCGUCGAAUCAAGGUGCGAAAUUUGGACCGACAGAAUAUGCUCAAUGUGUUCACACGUCUUUCCUCGGAACAGUUGCAAGUCCCGUUGCCUACACUAAAUGCCCCCAGGUUCCUGCCAGCAAAUGAUCUCCAGGGUCCGUGCUACGCGGGUAUAUGUCUGCCUAAAAAUGCACUUGAUUUGUUUCCAACGCGUAAUCUGAACCGGACUUAUGUCUCAUGUGAUAUAAUUGACCAGGAUCUAUCGGGAUUUAAUCUUUGUAACGUACGCCCACAAUUCUCAACGUUUCUUAACGAUUCGAUGAACAAUGAUGGUGGGGACGAGUCUUCGGUAAUAUCCUCAAUAUCUGAUGUGUCCUCAUCGGCUAGUCGUAAGCCACUAAAAUGGCAGCAGGGUGCAAAGCAUGCCCGUAGUCAGUGUCUUUAUUGUACGCGGUCGAGGCGUCAGCAACGAAUUCAAGCUCAAACAUCAACGCAUGCUCAGGACAUCAACACUAAUAGCGGCUCGUUGGCUCCUUGUAAACUUUAUAGUAGUACAACGGAGGCGGUUGUGGCUGCUGGCAUGCAGGCAGGUCCGGCAGGUCCGGCAGGUCCGGCUCUUGCAUGUAAGACUUCUUCUAGCAAGCCCAAUAGUAGUACAAUGCAGCUAGAAGACAAGGGUUUUCACUCUCCGAAAAGCAUAAUUAGCGAUGAAAGUCUACCGGACAAGCUGACUACUUCCAUAUUAUACCAUGUGCAGCGCCUUGCUAAUCCGGUCAGUGCAAAGCAGUCAAAAUUAGUAUUGCUGGAGUUGAAGCAAAAGCAUCCACACGCCUUUCAGGACAUUUGCUUAUAUUCGGAGUCAUGCAAGACUCUCGGACGUAGCAGUUAUCGAAUGAGUGCUCGGCGUUUUUUACAGGAACUCUUUCUUGACCUCAACUUUUGUACAUUUUACGUGGAGCCUCAGCUUAUAAUUAGUUCCCGCAAGCAGCCUGCCGCUGAUCACCUAGAAUCAACACUUGCCUUCGUUUGCUCAUCACUUCGUUCAUCUUCGUCAUCCACAAUACCAGCAUCAACAGCACCAACUGUAACAACAGCAAUAACUGCUGGUGCGGUGCCGUCGACGCCGCUGAGUGCAACGAUGUCACUGUUGCAUAAAGCGCAACUGAAACCGAAACCGACAGCACCACUUGCGAGCGUGUAUGAGACCAGCUGGGAAAAUCUACUUGUGGACCAAUCACCGCGUCUUAACAAAAACAAGACACCAGAAGAAGCUUACGUAGCAUUUAAACUACGCACGGUUAUGCCUAAUGAGCUUCACAUUGAUGAUGCGACCGAUGACGCCAUGUACAGUGACGAUGAUGACGAAGAUGUUUGUGAUGGGAGCGGCACUGACACGUUAACCAGCAGUUGCACUACCGCACACACUACCCAUCCCGUCGCUAUGAGCAAUCGGAGCAGCACAUGUGCCAUCAACAGUCAACAGCAGCCGCUGCCCUCCUCAAAUGCUGAAGUGCCACUACACAAUACGUCAUGUUCUAAUGCGGAGAACGAUAAUCGUCAGUACACGCGCGGACGCUUUUAUACAUUGGAGCUAGAUCUGAGUUGUACAAAAAAUAAGUUUCCCAUCACUGAUCGCAAUCAAACGUUCACAACUCGAAUAAAGGAUCAAGAGCUUGCGCGCCAAAUAAGCGCUUAUUCGAACGUAUCACCUGACAUCGGGACCGAACUACAAUACUUUAAUGUAACAAAAAGCUUAGCAGCAUCUAUGGCAAAGCCAGUUGGUAGUCUUUAUUGCGAAAAGCGUCUUCAAACUUCCAAAUCCGAAGCAGUGCUUGCUGAUUGCAGCGGCGCCAUUGGCAACGACGACAACAUUUAAGCAAACAUCUUCAUGAAUCAAUGUGACACUAUAUAUAAAGUGGUUAUUGAUAACCGGUCCGUUUAGCUUUACCGCGAAACUGUGGAAAAAUAAGUUGAGUCCAAUAGUUUUUUUUAGCUUGCCUCUGAGUCUGUCAAAGUCUCGCAACGAUUUCCUGAGAUGAAGGUAAUUUUAAGAUGCUAUCGGCUAGUCGAAAGUAUCCUAACUGAAAUUGGGUAGCCAAUCAUGUACAUAUUAAACAAGGAAAGAAUCAACACCGUUUUUGUCGCACGACAGGAAAUUAAACUAAAUUGGGAAAUUUAUUUAAAAAUUUAUGAAAUCGUCUGGAUUUUAACAAAACAUCAUAGAACGUAUAAGCUUAACUAAUGCAUAAAUCUUAUUUUUGCUUUAGAAUCUAAAGUUUAGAUGAUUAAUUUAUAUAACUUACGCAUGUAAUAUACAUUUAAAUUGAAAAACACGCAAAUUAUAUGUAUAUCAUGUUGGAAACAAAAAACAUAAAGUUAGUUAAUCUAUAUUUCAUUACUGCGAUUAUGGUUAGUGAUAUUUUUUUAAGCUAAAAGUAUCAUCCAAAAAAUAUUGUAUAAUUUUUAUAUGUAUAAUAAUAAUCUAUAAAGGAAAUCACAAACACAUGAAUACCCAAAAGUAAUAACAAGAACCACCGCAAUUUAUUUAUUCAACAGUACUUAAGAAAAGAUUAGCAAAUAACAACAUUUAGAAAAAAAAAAA